AUUUACGGUAAAGCAAGACGUGUAUCUUGUUUUUUUUAAAGUAGAACAGGAAGAACAUUUAUCUGUGAAAACGAACCAGCAACAUGUACAGCCGAUGCUAAGCUUAUGACCUAUUAGAAUAAACUAUUUCUUUAAAAUCGGUUACUAAUGUAUUCGAGGAAGUAUGUCGUCCGAUUUAAUGUUAGACUUCGAGACUCAAGAACAACAAAUGAUGAACAGUGAAACUGGCACCAUGUCCAUCGACCAGGAUGGCGAGUGGGACAUCAGCCUGUUUGACGAGCUGGACAACCUUGGAGAUGCAGACAAACUUUUUCAGGGCUUGGAGUGCGUGGGAUAUGCCGGCGAUGCCCCAGACCUCGACUUUGACAUCGACCUGCCUCCCUGGAGCACUGACACAGGCAGCACCUACACAGAUGGGGAUCUGAGUGUGGACUCUCUCUCUCCUGCCCAUACCAUGAGCUCUGUCACCUCGCCUGCAUCCCGAGAGGCCCUGUCACCUUACUCCAUACAAGAGGAUCUAGCCCAAUCUCCUCAGCCCUCUCCUGCCGUCUCUGUCUGCUCCGAGUCCAGUGGCUUCUCAGAGCCCCCCCUGCCCCUGGCCAAGAGGGCCCCCAAGAGGACCAAUCAGGCUACGCGAGUGAAGAGGCCUAUCCAGCUCACCCCCAAGGUGUCCAUCCAGCCCAGACCAGUUGUAAUGGCUGUACCCCAGCAUGCCGCGGGCCCUCUCCAGACCAUCAUCAUCCAGCCCCUGCAGACCACCCUGGUGCCUCACCCUGCUGUGGUCAAACCUGCCCCUGUCAGCAUACAGCCAGCGCCACCUAUAGGUGGUCCGUUGGUGCUGUGCCAGCCGGCCCAGGUGCUGCAGAUCCACACUCCACAGGCAGUCACCGGGCACCUGGUUACCAUGCCAACACUGACCCAAGAGAGGCCCGCCCCCAUUGCAGUCACACUCCACAGCCCUGGCUCUGACGAAGAUUCGAAGGUGUCCCAGAGGCAGCAGAGGAUGAUAAAGAACAGGGAGUCAGCGUCUCAGUCCCGUAAGAAGAAGAAGGAGUACCUGCAGACGCUGGAGGUCCGUCUCAAGAUGGCGCUGUCUGAGAACCAGCUGCUCAAGAAUGAGAACGGCACCCUGAAGAGACAGCUGGAGGGACUACUGUCAGAGAACACGGUUCUGAAGACCAGUGCUCCUAAGAGGCGGGCCAUUUGUCUCAUGGUUGUGCUGGUGUUCCUCAUGCUCAAUGUGGGACCAAUGAGUUUGUUUGAAGGUGGCCGUGGCUCUAAACUUCAGGCUGGCUCCAUGCACAGCGGCAGACAUCUGCUGGACUUCUCCCCAGAGACAGACACCUCGGUGGGCCCCGAAUCCCUCCAGACCACCCCUCCGACCCACAGUUCGGAGGACAAGGCUUUGAUGGUGGUGAAGAAGGAUCCUCUGUUCUUCGGACCUCCUCCUCCCUGUCUGCCGCCUGUCAACAGGACCAAAUGCCUCAGGUUGAACCAUGAGCUGCGAGGCUGGGUCCAUCGACAUGAGGUGGAGCGGACCAAGACCAGACGCAUGAGCAACAGCCAGCACCGGGCAAACAGGACUAUCCCUAAAGAGGAUAAGAAGGCUGAGGUGUCCCAGGUCCUAACAGUCCAGUACACUGACUCCACAGAGAAGAGCCCAGGUAAUGAGCUGCAGGUGUACUUCGCUCCUCACCGCACCUACAACGACUUCUUUGACGAGAUCCAUCGCCGUGGAGACACCUUCUACGUGGUGUCUUUCCGCAGGGAUCACCUUUUACUUCCCGCUACCAGCCACAACAAAGGAAGUAGGCCCAAGAUGUCCGUGGUGUUGCCAGCCAUGAACAUUAAUGAUCGUGUGAUCAAGGACCAGGAGUUUGAGGUGAUGAUGCAGAUUGACUGUGAGGUCACAGACACCCGGAUCCUCCACAUCAAGUCCUCCAGUAUCCCACCAUUCCUGCGUGUCAACCGCACCGACACCCUGUACCCGCCUUCACCUGCGGACAGCAAGGCCACGUCUCCUGUCCAGGUGCUCAUGGGUUCCGCGUAACCUCUAUCAACCAAUCGAAUUGACGCACAAACCCGUAACUCCCACCAACCAAUUGAACA